CCGCUGUUUGGGAGAGAGAGAUUGCAUCCGCGUUCACUUGCUCCCCUAUGGCGUGGGAUAAAAUUACGUCGCGUGAUAAAUAUAAGGAGACGAGACGUUUAUGCAACGGGGGAGCACCCGAGUGGAGCCGUUUAAGAGAGGCAGCGUGGGCUGGAGGAGAACCUCGAAGAAGCGACGUGCAGCGUGAGACCGGAGCGAUGAAUGUCUUCUUUUUAAAGACCUUGCCGUCUACAACACCACGGGAGCCUUGAAGUGGCAACUAAAUGCAUAUUUGAAGGAGAUCCGAGGUGAAAUUGUGUAAGAUCUGACUUCCUGGAUACUGUUUUUUUUUGUGUGUGUUACGCUUUCUCCAGGCUGGGUGUUGCGUUCAGGGGCAGCACGCUCCCCGGACUCUGCAUACUGUACAGUACCACCAAGACUAUUACUUCUUUAAAACUAAUUAAUUAGGAAUCACGUGACAGCCAAGCUGCAUGAUGGAAUGACAGCAUCAAUAAACCAUCCACUUUUUUAUUUAUUUAUUUUUUUCCACUUGUGCUAGUUGCUUAUACUGCCCUUAAGCCAUGUAUUUUUAUAGUGCACUUGCAUGCCAGUCCUGUGACAAGUUGAGCAACUGGACCGACUUGUUUGUGAGAAACUCCGGGUCGAAUAUACAUUUCGGUGACUUUUUAUUUUUUGCCACAUUGUUAUUUUUUCAUUAGCAGCCCAUUUCCUCUUUAUGUACUCAAGAGGUCCAAGUUAAUACCCGAGGCGUGGGAAAACCUUAUCCCCAUUUGCCGAUGGAUGCUAUGCAGCUGUGGCGUUCGAGUGCUUCCGCUCCAGUCCAGCUGUUAGCCAGACCGCAUAUCUGAAAGAUGAGAUUUUGAGGAGUUGGCGUCAUGCUUGUAAUUUUACCCUCCCCAGGAAAUGCAGCACAUUGAUUUUCUCUUACUGGACGUAAGUCAAGCUGCAUGCUGUUUAUUGAUUGUUUGCAACUGCCUUCACGGACUAUGAGGCGAUUGUUGAUGGCCUCGGUGAACCCUACGUUGUUUUUUUUUAAGAAGGCUUUGUCAUAGUUCACCGAAAGGAAAGCAUGAGCCUGCACAGACUGGAGAGGCGUGUUCGAAAGUAUGCAGGAGGACUUAAGAGCGGCACUGUGAAGAAAAGCCUAAAGUCAACAAGACGGGCAAUUAGGAACUAUCGCACUUAACUUCUUGAAUGGAGUAAGAACUCCCAUGAACUGUGACAAGCCGAACGGGAAGUUAAUUUAAGCUGGUCCCAACAAUCCCGUCUUGCUUCCUAUCACCGGUGGUGAUGGGGAGCUCGGCCUCAUCCCUCACUGCGGAGACUGAGUCUGACCAUGGUUUCCGCAGCAACCCUUACCCGUCGUCGCCCCCGGUGGGCUGGCUCAGGACCAGUCACAGCAGCCCGGUGUGGGGCACCAGCUUUAUCACACGGCAGCAGCAGCAGCAGCAACCUGCGCUGCCUCAUCGAGAGCGCAGCCACUCUCACUCUCCUGGCUCCAUGGCAGCUGCGGUGCGAGGCAGCGAGUGGUCAUGUGGACGCUGCACCUUCCUAAAUGUGGGCGGAGCACCCCGCUGUUCCAUCUGUGAGGCCCCGCGCCAGAAACCCGACCUCAACCAGAUCCUUCGCCUGAGCAGCAGCGAGGAGCACCGCUGGGCUUGCCCCCGCUGUACUCUCAACAAUCCUCAGGGAUCGAGAGCCUGCACCGUCUGCGGGUUCGGACCGUCCACAACCACACCUGCACCUGCCAUCACGACCGUCGCUGCCACUUCAAACGGUCUCCCCCCUGCUCCUACGGAAGCCUUGAUGCCAACCGUCAAGCCCACGGUGCUUUCAGAACCCCAAGGACAGGUUCCGUUGAAAGAGGACAUGUUGAGACACUCUGAGAGUAAUGGAGAGGUGGCUAGUUCAAACGUGCAGCAUCUGGGAUGGGCUUGCCCUCGCUGCACACUUCUCAACACACCUGUUGCACUGUCCUGUUCAGCCUGUGGUGGACCCAGGAAACUUUCUCUACCUAAAAUCCCCCCUGAGGCAUUGGUGGUGCCUGAGGUUCGCACGCCUGUACUGGGGUUCCCGGUGGUCUCAGCCGGGACCGCCCCUCUACUAAUAGACUUAACAGAUGAUUCCCCUCCACCUCCUCCAUGUGACACCCAAGAACCUCCACAUGUGUCCUCACAGCCCGUCUCUUCUGCUUUUAGUGCUUUCUCCUCCCUCCAGAACAACCCUGUGCCACGAAGUAGGAGAGAAGUGCCCCCGACAGGGCGGCCACCAAACCCAGGUAAUAACACGCCAAGUCCCACCUCUCCAUCAAGCACGGGUGUGCCCCCACAGCCUGGUCCACAGCGUUCUUCCAAACCCAAACAUGCCCAACCGCAAGAGCCCUCGUACCCCAGCAAGCGCCUCAGUAUCUUGGAAGAAGACGAAACGGUCCCCACCUGGAAGUGCCCAGGCUGCUCUUUGGCUAACCCAAGCGGGUUGUCCAAGUGUGAGACCUGCCGAUCAUCGCGGGCUGGUGCUGACCUGAUCGAUUUGGGUUGCGAGACCGUACGCUUCACCCCGGCCAGCCCCUCUAGCCCAGACUUCAGCACCUGGGCCUGCUCUAAAUGCACUUUGCGCAACCCCACAGGCGCUCCAAAAUGCUCAGCCUGCGGUUCGUCCAAACUGCACGGCUUUCAGGAGCAGCAGGCGCCCCUACCCCGCUGCUGUUCACACUGCGGCCAGGUCCCAUCUGGGUCUGGCACAGCGUGCUCCUGCAAUCCCUCGUCAGCUGCAUCCUCAUCGGGUCAUAAAACACGGAAACAGGGCAGAGGUUUCCCCUCCUCGUCUGCGGCUUCUUCUAGUUCCUUGGAGAGGACAAAACAGUGGAGUUGCCCAGCGUGCACGCUACUCAAUGACAUCAAGGCCAAGAACUGCGCAGCGUGCCACACACCCCAGCAGUACCUCACCCUUCGCAAGGUGGUCAAGCCUCUGAAGAGGAGGGAAAGCAUGCACGUGGAGGCCCGUCGGCGAAAUGAUGAAGGUGAAGCCAAGGAGCUUUGGGAAAACAUUGUCAGCUUCUGCAGAGAGAACACGGUGAACUUUGUGGAUGACAGCUUCCCCCCAGGCCCUCGGUCCGUAGGCUUCCCCGAGGGGGACAGCGUCCAGCAGCGAAUCAAGAAGUGGCUCCGCCCCCACGAGAUCAAAUGCAGCAACUUCAAAGACCGAGGCGUCAAGUGGUCCGUUUUCCGCACGCCACGACCCUCUGACAUCCUCCAAGGGCUGCUGGGAAACUGCUGGUUCCUCAGUGCUCUGGCGGUGCUGGCCGAGCGUCCCGAGUUGGUGGAAAGGGUAAUGAUUACAAGGACCAUCUGCACGGAGGGAGCCUACCAAGUUCGCUUAUGCAAAGAUGGGACGUGGACGACGGUCUUGGUGGAUGACAUGCUCCCCUGCGACGACUACGGCUUCCUCCUAUUCUCCCAGGCCCAAAGGAGGCAGCUGUGGGUGGCGCUCAUUGAGAAAGCCCUAGCCAAGCUCCACGGCUCCUACUUUGCCUUGCAAGCAGGGCGUGCCAUCGAGGGCUUGGCCACACUGACGGGGGCUCCGUGCGACUCCCUGAUGCUGCAGGUCAGCUCCACCAACCCACGGGAGGAGCCCAUCGAUACGGACUUGAUCUGGGCCAAGAUGCUGAGCUCUAAGGAAGCCGGGUUUCUGAUGGGCGCCUCGUGCGGAGGAGGCAACAUGAAGGUGGAUGACGCCGUCUAUGAAUCGCUGGGAUUGCGACCUCGCCAUGCCUACUCCAUCUUGGAUGUACGAGAUGUUCAAGGAUACAGGUUGCUUCGCCUCCGUAACCCGUGGGGUCGAUUCUCGUGGAACGGCAGCUGGUCAGACGAGUGGACGGACUGGCCGCAGCACCUGCGUCAUGAGCUGAUGGCUCACGGGAGCAGCGAAGGGGUCUUCUGGAUGGAGUACACCGAUUUCAUCAAGUACUUUGAUUCUGUGGAUAUCUGUAAGAUCCACUCCGACUGGCAGGAAGUGCGGCUUCAGGGAUGCUUCCCGAGCAAGGCCAGCGGUCCCGUCACUGUCACGGCCCUCACUGUGUUGGAGAGGACGGCGUUGGAGUUUGCUCUCUUCCAGGAGGGAAGCAGGCGCUCGGACACAGCCGACAGUCACCUGCUGGACCUGUGCAUCAUGGUGUUUCGCGCCUCCUUCGGGAGUAACAACAAGCUGACCCUGGGCCGCCUGUUGGCACACAGCAAGCGAGCGGUGAAGAAGUUUGUCGGCUGCGAUGUGAUGUUGGAGCCUGGCGAGUACGCCGUGGUGUGCUGCGCCUUUAACCACUGGCAGAUGAACGUCAGUGGGUCAGGAGGUCCACCCACACCUAUCUCCAGUCCAACCAGUGGAGCCCAGCGACGGCCUAGUCAGGACUUCCCGGGCUACAUCCUGGCUAUUUACAGUUCCAGGCAGGUGAUGGUGGAGCAGGUGGAGGCGACCCCUACCACGCUGGCUGACGCUAUCAUCCUUCUGACGGAAAACAAAGGCGAAAGACACGAGGGCCGCGAGGGCAUGACGUGCUACUAUUUGACGCACGGCUGGGCGGGGCUCAUCGUGGUAGUGGAAAAUCGCCACCCCAAGUACUACCUCCACGUCUCCUGUGACUGCACGGACAGCUUCAAUGUGGUGUCGACGCGCGGCAGCCUCAAGACCAUCGACAGCGUACCUCCUUUACACCGGCAAGUGCUGGUGGUGCUCUCCCAGCUGGAAGGUAACGCCGGCUUCUCCAUCACGCACCGGCUGGCUCACCGCAAGGCACCGCAGGCGUAUCUGGGCGACUGGACGCCGACCAAAGCCACCCACAGCCCACAGCUCACCCCGGACAUCGACGGGCUGCACCGACCCCGGCCGCUAUGACCACCGGCCGACCGUCACACCACUGGAACACUGGGCAGGGGGCAUGUGGAGAAGGGCACGCGUCUGAAUGUAUUCAUCAACACUGAAGCUCUCGUCCAAGUGGCGAUGAAGGAGGAACUCGCUCAGCCUCCAGCUCCGGCUUGAAAGUGUCAAGUGUGGACAGCUUCGAAGCAAGCGCUGUAACUUGGAUUCCCAAAAAGUCAGGGUGGAGUGCUAUAACUACUGAGCCAUUGUCCAAGACCUCCUCGUCAAUCCUCCGCCCACAGCAACCCGACCCAACAGUACGGUACCAAUCGAGCCAAUUUUUUUUAUUUGACAAUGCAGGUACAGUACCAGUCUUACAUGUUUCAUCCUCAUAUGUUAUUGUUGAGCAGGUUUUAGAGGAAGACAUUUUCUAACUUUCAUCUUCAUGCUCUUAUCUCAGGACCAAAAGGUGUCAUUUUAAGGCUUGUUUUCCUCCAAUAGAAAAAUCUAUACAAACAUGUUUAAUGUAUUGCCAUCGCAGUGACAUGUACUGUGCAUCAUUACAACAAACACACAUCAAAAGGCUUUUGAAAUGUCACUGCCUUUUGUGAGCCGAUAAAAACUGGCCCACGACUCAUUUUGGGGCCAGACGUUCCGUUUGGAAAUGGUGAUCUCAAAAUAUUCAUAGCCAGUAGUAGUUCUGAAUGAGGUCCGCACACUGUAAUUCUUUUUUUAAGCCAUUUUUCAUACACUCUGGGGACAAAAGUUUUGGGACAUUUCCACUACUGCAAGUAAAAAUCUCAAAAUAUGGACAAUUUCCAACUCGUGGCUGUUUUCAUUUUAAGGGUCUGUUUCCUUAAAGUUAAACAUUUGAAGCAAAUUUAGACAUUUCCCUUCAUUUUGGUUAAUUUGAUUUAAAUUGUAUUAAUCCAGUUAUUUUUGCGUCCUUUGCUAAUUUUAAUAUUUUCUUUCAGUGAUACAUUUUUGUUUACAUCUCUUUGCAUUUGGCUUCAUUCAAGCAAGGUUAGACGUUUCCCUUCAUUUGCGUUAAAUUGCUCAAAUGUUGACAUUCACUCCAUGUAGCAAAUGUUGACAUUUUCUUUCACUGAGAUACUACCGGCAAAUUGUCAUUUCCCUUAAUCAGGACAUUUGGAGCACAUUUUGACAAAUGUUUCUUCAUAGAGAAGUUUGGAGCAAAUGUUUGACAUAUCCCUUCAGUUGGGUCAUUUGGAGCAAACUUUUCAUUUCUUUUUAAGUUUAGACAUGUUUUAGUUAGUUUAACAUGUUCUUUCAUACAGCAUUUUGGCAUACAUUUGACAUUUUCCUCCAUUUGAACCAAAUUUUGACAUUUUCAUUCAUUAGGCAUACAUUUGACAUUUUCCUUCAUUUGGACCACAGUUUGACAUUUUCCAUCAUAGUUUGCUACAUCCCAUCACUUGGGUCAUUUGCAACAUAUUGUUAAAUGUUCAAAUUAGUAAUUUUAACAUUUUCCUCCGUAAAGAAAUUUGGCAUGAAUUUGACAUUUUCCUUAAAUUUUGACAUAUUCCUUCAUACAGACAUAUGGCGUAAAUGUGUUCAUUUGGACUAAAUGUUUACAUUUUCCUUCGUAGAGAAGUUUGGAGCAAAUCUUUGCCAUCUUUUGAGUCAUUUGGAGCAAUAUUUUUUAAUGUAAAUUUUUAGUAGUUUAAACGUUUUCUUUUGUAUUUGGCAUACAUUUUUUUUAUUGGGACAUUUUUUGUACAUUUUGACAUUUCCCUACCUGAAGUUUGGAGCAAAUGUCAUUUGAGUUAUUUAGAGCAAACAAACAUUCCCCUUUAAUUUUAGACAUUUAGUUGUUUGGUUCAUGGAGAAAGAAGUUUGGCACAUAUUUGGACAUUUUCCAUCAUUUGAAUUAAUAUUUGACCUUUCCCUUUAUUUGGAUUAUUUUACUAAAUUUUGAUCUUAGCAUUCAUUGGGACAUUUUCCUUCAAUAUGAUAUGUGAUUUAAAAAUCAACAUUUUCCCCCAUUUUUGUCAUUUUCCUAAAAUUUUAACACUAAUUUUGGGCAUUUACUUCAUGUUUUAAGAUUUGUUUUGCAUAUAUUGGCAUUUCCCUCAUUGUGACUUGUUUAUAUGCUGUUUUUGUAUUAGUUUUCCUAAAAAUCAGAUAUACCAGCCCCCCAGACACAUUUUUUUCUGUAAAUUUGGCCCCCCCCGAGUCAAAAUAAUUGCCCAGGUCUGAUAUAGAGGAAUAUUUACGGACUUCUUUGGCGUACCACUAGAUGGAGCCCGCGUACCCACACUUUGAGAAUGACUGUCCCACAUUAAUGAAGAGUUUAUCCCAACACUUUUGUCCAUCCUUUUUUUCACUCCCCUCAUGUUGGUGCAGUCUAAAUGCUGGAAGCUGUAGUCAUUACUCGUCUACUUCCCAAUACAUCAAUUCCCAGAGCUGGGCCUCAACUCCCCCUUGUCUCUCUCUCUCUCUCUAGAUAGAUGGAAUUCAUGUUGUUGUUUUUUGGAAGGUGGCCUCCAUAUUUGUCCGUUAUGCUCACAUUUCAAAGACUUUGGAGUGUUGUCAAGGGAGUCCCUUAGCAGCUGUUAGGACAAUGGAGGCUCUCACUUGGAGACCUUUGGUUUACAAAAGAGUGAGAGAGUCCAGGUCCUUGCAUUUUGUUGCAGUGAAAAAAAACGGCCAGCUACUUUUUCACCGUCAUGUCUUCUUGCUGUUGAGAUGAAUGCGGUACAGUCCAAUCACAGCCAUGGGAGAGUUUUUUUUUAUUGUUGGUCUUACUUGAAAGCUGCAAAGCUCUGGAGUGAUUUCAGCUCCUUUUAAAUCAAAAGCUUGAUUAUUUUUUUGUCUUUUACGCCAUUUUUUUUUGUUUGUUUGUUUCAUUUUACCUUCAGGAGGAGUUUAAAAAGUGUAAAUAAGUUUUCCAAAGAAACUUCUGUGAAUAAAUGACCACUUUUCUAGAUAUUUGCACUGAGCAGCUGUGCAAUUUAAUUUAUUUGGUUCAAUUUGCAGAAGGCGAUCAUUUUAUGUUUAUUUCAUGUGCUCUAAUGUUUGUUUCCUGUCAUCCUUCGGCUCUCUGGUGUCCUGGUGGUGGUUUUUGUUUUGUUUCAGUGGCGCCCCCUGCUGCUGGCCAGACUAGGCUACAAGCUAGAGACAAUACGCACUAGCUGGCCUUUCCUCUCUGAUGUAACUGUACAGGUGCAAAGCUGAGCUCCACUGUAAGAAAUGGUAACAACACAUUUAAACAAUAAAAAAGACGUAGUUGACUCCAACAAGCAGGAGCUUACGAAUGUGAUAUAUAUAUAUAUAUAUAUAUAUAUAUAUUUUAUUGAUCGAUUUUUGUCAGGGGGAUGAGUAUAUGUGUACAAAUAUGUUUGUUUUAAUAUUUCAAUCUCAGGUUCCAAUGGACCAAAUAAAAUUUGUUUUUUAACUAA